AUGAUGGACACGUAUGAAAAGCAAUAUAGAAUACCCGAGGAUAUUUGUGCGUCGGCCUCCAGACCGGAUAUAUUUUUGUUUUCGCGAAUUCUAAAGCGCGUAGUGAUGAUAGAGCUUACGGUCCCUUGGGAAACCAACAUCCCCAAAGACCAUACCAUCAAGGUCAACAAAUAUUACGAGCUCACAAACGAACUCACUCGAAAUAGGUUCGUAGUAGAUUUGUACGCGGUAGAGGUGGGAGCGAGAGGUAUAACAGCGAAAUCUCUCUACAACCUACUAAAGGACUUGGGCUUGUCCAGAACUCACAUAAAUGCAUUCUUGGAACGUAUAUCGAAGGCAGCCCUAGUAGGUUCUUUUCAAAUUUGGUUAGGUAGGGAGAGGAGCUUGGACAGUGGAGGUGAGCGUAUAACGCGCGUUAGUUAA